AAAAAAAAAAAAAAAAAUGCACGCAGGAUUAAAAUCCUAUAUGGAACAUCAUCUCCACUUGAUCAACACAACUAUAGCUAAAGCUACUAAUUAGCUUUAAAAAUAUAAAAUAAAACACAGAAUUCCUGCAUUUCAUAAUAAGUCAGUGAUAUGUUUAGUACUCCUCCUGGUGUACUUGUGGCCGUUGCCCUAAUGGUGGCAAUGGCUACUACACCAAGUCAUCAAGCAUAUGCAGCACGUGCUUUCUUCGUCUUUGGGGACUCCCUCGUCGAUAGCGGCAACAACAACUACUUAGCAACUACUGCACGUGCCGACUCUCCGCCAUAUGGCGUCGACUAUCCCACCCACCGUCCCACCGGCCGCUUCUCCAAUGGCCUAAACCUCCCUGACGUCAUCAGUGAGAACAUAGGGUCAGAGCCCACAUUGCCAUAUUUAAGCCCUGAGCUCACCGGACAGAAACUGCUCAUUGGUGCCAAUUUUGCUUCAGCCGGCAUCGGAAUUCUCAAUGAUACCGGCAUUCAAUUCCUUAACAUAAUAAGGAUUUUCAGACAGUACGAAUUGUUUAAAGAGUACCAGCAAAGGGUGAGUGCUCUGAUUGGACCGGCCCAGGCUCAGCGGCUCGUCAACGAAGCCCUCGUUCUCAUGACGUUAGGCGGUAACGAUUUCGUCAACAACUAUUUUCUAACACCUCCUUUAACCUUCAGAUCUCGUCAAUUCUCUGUCCCUGAAUUUUCCCGUCUCCUCAUCACCGAGUACCGAAAAAUACUAUCGAGGCUGUACGAGUUGGGGGCCCGUAGAGUGCUUGUGACUGGAACAGGCCCAUUGGGCUGUGUUCCUUCUGCCUUAGCCCAGAGGAGCAACAAUGGUGAAUGUAUAGAGGAAUUUCAACAAGCAGCAGCAAUUUUCAAUCCGUUACUGGUACAAAUGACUCAAGAGCUAAACCAAGAAUUCGGUUCGGAUGUCUUUGUGACGGCCAACGCUUUUCAAAUGAACAUGGAUUUCAUUAACAGCCCUCAAAAAUUCGGUUUUGUGACAUCAAAAGUAGCAUGCUGCGGCCAAGGCGCGUAUAAUGGGUUGGGAGUGUGCAACCCUUUGUCGAAUCUGUGCCCAGAUAGGAAAAUUUAUGCAUUUUGGGAUGCUUUCCAUCCAACUGAACGUGCUGUUCGGCUCAUUGCUCAGCAGAUCAUGACAGGUUCUAGCCAGUAUAUGAAUCCAAUGAACCUCAGCUCCAUCAUGGCAAUGGAUUCUAGGACCUGAAAAUAUUUUAUAAUCAUUUAUAUAUAUAUAUAUGUAUUCUGUUUAUGAUUUGUAUUUAUGUUUGAAUGAUAGUUGAGGAUUUGACGUCUGAUUCUGGGGGCUUUCAAGUAAUUGACUAGCUUUCCCGGUCUGACUAGCCUGUUGAGCAAAUUAAUUAUUCAAUGCUAUCUAUGUUCUAUGAUGUAGAAUCAUUAUAGGCACGGAUCAUGAUGGUACCUUAAUAAUUCGGAUGUAUCAUUUUGUUA